CUCUGCUGUUCCAUUUCUUCGUAGUGUUCUCUUCCUAUCUCACUCCCGUCGCCAACAUCAACGUCGCGAUCUUCUUCAAUCGAGAUUGUUAUUUGUAUCGCCUGGCUGGCGCGUGUUGACCUAGUCGCGCCCUGUACUUCUAAACUCACCCUUCGCCUGUUUUACGACCCGCACUUCACUGUGCACCGAAGUGCCUUUUUGGACGUGUCUUAAUUUAGCUUUUCCAUCAUUGCACACUUCUUCGACUUGACCACGUAUCACAUCAUCACGAUCCACCGCCUACCUCCUCCAACCAAGCAGAAACGCCAUCAUUGAUCUCUCUCAACAACAGCCUUAACCUCCCUGGUCUGCUUGCUGCUUUUCUUCUAACCGGAGAGCCCCUUCCAAGGAUUUGAGUACCUGUACCUUCCCUAGCAAGGUCUUGGGAGGCAUCCAACGAGAUCGCACGGAGAAUCUUGAGCAACGCGGAGCCGUGGGUAUUCGCGAUUACUCACCCAGCCAACUCGAGCGACUUACUCCCAUUUGGGUGACACCUGCACCUGGCAAACUGGCAAUUCUUUUCCAAAGUCACACUGAAACAGAACCCAAGCAGCCGGCGAUUCUGUCUUGACACGAUCCCCACCUGCCUCGAGUUUGCAUCGAACCACCGUUGCUGGCUUGCUGAAGCCUUGGCUGAGUGGCGCUUUUGCUUUGUUCUGGGCCUGAAACCACGUGAUGUGGCACCCAAUUUUCAACGCCAAGAACUCCGUCACCUGAUUGGCCUGCUAUCUCCUCAGCAGGCUUAUAUAAUCAAUGUCCUCGAGAUAUCCCACCACGCCCCGAGAUCGUUCUCCACCACGCUACGACCGAAGACCCUCGGGGACUUACCCUGCACCAGGCUCAUCAUAUAGAGGCUAUCAAUUUUCUUCUGCACCUCGAGGCCGCGGAGGCUUUCCCGCCCGCGCAGGCGGCGAUACGUGGGAUCGAGAUCGCGAUCGCGAUCGCGACCGAGACCAUGACCGAGACCGUGACCGAGACCGGGAUGUUCGUGGGACACCCCAGUCCUAUCGAGCCAGAGAUGACGAUCGUCCAGAGUGGCAGCGCCGAGACCGCGAUUUCCCUCCAGCAGACCGCAACGUUGGCGUAGCGAGGGACAGUCGCACCUAUGUUGGUAGAGAACGAUCUGCUUCCCCAGCACGCCCCCGACGCGACUCUCGCGAUUCCCUCCCUUCCACCUUCUCUCGCACCGCUGAUUCGGCCGCAUCCUUCUAUACACCAGCUCAACGAGGUGGUUUGGGUCGAGGCCGUGGCAGAGACUGGGAAAGAAUCAGACGCAGAACUUCUCUUGUUGGUGAGCGUGACAGAGAUCUAUUUCGCCCCCGAAGCCGCUCUCGCGAAAGCUGGCGCGACCGGGAUUAUGAUCGUGGACGUCCAUCAGCACCCGACCCCGAUAGGGCCGAUCGCUUUGAGCGGAGAGAAUUUAACCGUAGUAGAGAACGUGAUAUCCGGGGCAGGGAUCGAGAUCCAGAUAUCCGACCCAGAGAUUCUUCCCCAGCCAGGAGCGUUGCUGGACAUACCACUGCGUCCGGCGCAACCCCCCCAGCUUCAACCACAGAGCGACUUGCCAAGGCUGACUACGAUACUGUUCGAAAGCAACCCCCUAUAAAUACGCCGAGCACCUCCUUGCGCGACCCUCGAAGAGAUGGAGACUCGUCUGACUACUUUGGCUCGAGGCCAGACCCAUCACGUCGCGAUCCACCUCAAGGUUCCCAACAACCGUCUACCGCUGUCGGGCUUGAUUAUGGCCCUCCACCAUCAUUACCGCCUGCUAGCACUCCUGUCUCGGAGAGACCGCCUGCCCCCAAGCCUGCGCAGUCAAAAGCCGAUCUCAACCCUACCUCAUCAACCCCUUUCCAGCCUCCGAGCGGGCCAAAGGCAGCUAGGACGCCUACUGCAACCACUCCAGCAACCCCCCUGGGUCCCAAGUUGGUUCAGGCCCAAGAUACUUGGUCACGCAAUGAACCACACCAGCGCACCGUGCGGCCAACGCCCCCGCCUCCAGCCAGCAAUAGCCAGGGUGAGGGAGCAGCCAAGAAGGAACAGCCUUCUCAAGACUCGCGGCCCAGUCCGGUAGCUCCCAUCGAUCGAGCUCUACCAGCAAACAUCCCAUCAGGUCCACGACUAGGCACUGCAGCACCGCCAUUCAGAGCAAGACUAUCUUCUAUGGAGACGUCAGCACAAGCAGGUAUCAUGCGCGACGGGCUCAAGUCCAUUUCCAUUGAUAGUAAAACCACCUCAAUCCCCACUGGUCCUCGACUUGACAGGGAUGGCCGAGAUCGAGAUACCCGACUGGACAGAGAUGGUCCAAGGCCUCCACCAGGGACAGGGUCCAAGAUAUGGGUGUCCCCCGACUAUAAACCGAAGCCCUCAAUUAUGAACCAAAUGAACAAGCCUUACCCCUCAGAUCCACGAGAUCGAGCUGGCUUCAUACCGUCGGGGCCACGACAACAAUCUGGCUUUCAUGGACAGAUGGACAAGUCUCGUGCCCUGCAGAAUGGGCCAACUUCUGUGCCGUCCGCUCCCACGGGCCCUAAAGCCCUCUUAGCCACCAGCCCCAGGAUCCCGGAGGCAAAGAUUACCCUGAUCCCCAGGCCACCUAUCGAUGUGAUGCGAGCUAGCGAUGACGUCGAAAUGUCUGUCCCAGCUUCAAGCGAAGACGAAGAUGAUGCUGAGGAUGAUGCCUUUGACGAUGACUACUUUGCCGAGUCGGAAGAUAGAUUCAAACAAGAGAUGGAUCUUCUCGAAGCCCGCAAGCCAGCUCCGGUCCUGCAGGACGGAACAAUUGUGUCUCUGUUGAUCAGAUUGCAAUUUCUCGAGAUGAUCGUGCAGGAUGCGAUCCCGCAACCAGCGUCAGCACUGCUUGAGCCUUCAAAAGCCCAGGCCUCCGUUUCGCCCGACAUCCCACCCGCUCUACCCUCUCCCGAUGCAGAUGCCCCCAAUCUCGAUGCGAAGCUUGUGGCGGAGAACGUUAUGCCAAGAGGCAGACCACUGAAACAGCCUCCUGUCAACCCUAUACCAACUCCACCUAUCGAAGAGCUGCCAUAUCUUCGAGCCCAAUUGCCCGAACCGGUUUUGUUCGAAGAGUCGGACAAUGAAGUUGAACAUGAAGCUGUGGCGAUGCUUCUUCAACAAGAGUUUGAACAUAGUGCGUGGGACUGGCGGAGUGAGAUGGAAGAUUUGCACAUGGAGUACCGAAAGUCUUACCCUGCUUGGAAGCAUGAAUUUGUCUACCUCGAUGUCGAUCGAAGGGAUCAACAAGCUAGCCCUGCUCCGGCUUCCCCCGCACCUUCAGCUGCGCCCUCUGUCACCCCGUCACUGGGUCACGAGCGUACCAGGGGUGCUCGUAAUACUACAGAAGCAGACUUGCAGGCAGCCAUAUUGAUGUCUCAACAAUCUCUCAAGGAAGAGGAAGAGCGACGAGAAAGAGAAGCUGCUUCGAGUUCUCUGCCAAACCUCGACACAGAAGCGGUCAUUCCCGCAAUGCUAAAGCCACAAGACGUCGAAGCUUCCUACUUUGAAGACACCAAUCGUCUCAUCAAUGUCGAGCUCACACUCGAGUUCUAUGAGUUCCUACCCCCAGUUGACGAUUUCACGGAGGAAGAGCAAACUCUCUUUAUCACAGCAUAUUGCCAAAGCCCGAAAAAGUGGGGAAAGAUUGCAGAGUCCAUUCCUGGCCGCUCCUACCAUGAAUGCAUUGCUCAUUAUUACUUGACCAAGACCCAAACUCCGUACAAAGACAUCUGGAGACGAUCACAGCCCAGGAAGCGACGUGGUCGAGGUGCUGGCAAGCCUCGCGCUACGGCUCUGAUGUCUGAGUUGGGUGACGGCGAAGACGGUGAAGGCGCUUCUGUACCGGUGACCGAGAGUGGAAGGCCCAGAAGAGCUGCUGCUCCAACCUUUGGAGAUGUGGCAAGUGAGAAUGAUACGAGUACGCCAGGGCCACAAUCGAGGAAGCCCGGCCAUGGACCAAAAGAUGGCAGUGUUGAACCCACGGCCGCCAAACCGACUAGGGGACGCAAGACUGGGAUCGCAACCAAGACCCGCCGGACAAAGGCGCAAAUCCAGGCAGACCAACAAGCCCAGGCCCAAGCUGAAGCCUUCGCCCAAGCCCAAGCAGGAACACUCGCUGACGCUCAGGCUCAGGCUCAGGCUCAGGCAAUGGCGCAAGCGUAUGCCCAAGUCCCCGAAGCCUCACAGCUCAAACCAGCACCUGCCGCAAAGCCCGAGCGCGCUCGAACGCUCCUUCGUGCAGAGAAUGUGCCCAUUAGGAGCGAUCCUCAACCAGCUUCUCAAGCUGCGCGUCUGGACGGCGCUGCACCACCUCACAUUGCAACUGACGCGAUGCCUCCAUCCACCGUUCCACCGCCAGCCACUUCCCAGGUCACCAGCUACUGGUCGGUCCCAGAACAGAACAAGUUUCCCGAGCUUCUACAAUACUUUGGACGAGACUAUGCGGCAAUCGCUGAUUUCAUGAAGACCAAGAGCGUGACAAUGAUAAAAAACUAUUACCUACGUCAAGUCAAUGCCGAAGGAAAAGAAGAAUUCAAGAGAUUGGAGGAGAUUGGAGAGCAAAUGCGCUUGUCUGGUACUCGACCUGCCCAACCCCCCAGCCCUAUUGCCCCCGCCAAGCGAAGAUACGAAGCAGCUCCAUCUGUGGUACCGGUUGUCCGUCCGCCUGUUGUUCACGGAGUUCAGCCUGAUCGAUCACACGUUGACACGGAACCCGCUACGGCGUCUGACAACCAUCCACGAGACAACUCGGAUCGAAACACAGAGGUCUUACAGAAUCGACCUGCCCCUCGAGACAUUGGGCGCGAUUCAGUGCCUGCAGCAUUAAAUCCUCAACCAAAGAUCGAGGAGCUGUCCAAGACGGAGCGGAGUUCACUGUAUGGACCCAAAUCCUUGCAUGGCCCGAAACCAGGAGUUUUUCAGGAAGACCCUCUCGGUUAUCACGGCCCCCGACAACCCUUGCGCAUGCCUCUACAAGAACACUCCCCACAUGUCCAGCAUCAGCGUCUAUCGGAUCCAAAUCUCCCUUCGGCCUUGUCAAAUAUGCCUCAAGGCAUCCUCGGACAUUCUCGCGAGCUCAUUGCUCAGCCCUUGCAAAGAUCGCAUCCUCCGUCGGGUCCAUUUGGCCCAACGCCCCAGUCACAGGCAGAGAAGUACCAUGCCACAUCCAUGCAUCGACCUGACCACAGCAGGAACAGCAGUUCUACAGGGCCUGGUCAUUCCUUACUGGAGCCACCACAAGAACUCGCACGACGAUUUGAUAGCCAACCUCGAAGCUCUUUGUUUGGGUCGCGGGCGGGUCCUUCGCCAUCGGCGACACCGUCGCUCACUUCGGCUCCACCGAAUCUGAAGGCUGAGGCACCGAUUUCUCAACCGGCAAGCGCCCCUCCUUUGGAGCAACCAAAGCCGCCCGCAAAGCGGUCUAAUUUGUUCGGCUUGCUCAACGAUGAUGCUCCCGAACCGCCUCCGAAGAGACCUUCUUUAGAGGCGCCACGUCGCACAUCUCUUUUAUCUCCUCAAACAAAUAUUGGAGGUACCACACCAGCAUUGUCCAGAGGUCAAGGGCCACCAGAUGAUGCUCUGCAGGGAAGGUCAAGUAGAGGGCCUUAUGGUUCCAGUGGCAGCGGCAUCCAACCUUCGUCCGGUCAUUCACUGGCAGACUAUCAGAAUGCUUAUAAUGAACUGCAAUCUACUACUGGUGCGCCUGCGAACGAGAAUUGGUUGGAUAGAUAUGAUCCGCGAACACAAGGCCAAUCUGAACAGAGGAGUUUGCAUCAGUCUCCUCGACCAAGCCCCUAUUCACUGAUUCCUCCAUCUGCACAAUCUAACACGCCGUCGGUGCACCCAUUGAGAGAUCCAAAUCCUCUGCAGCUGGAAGCGAAGAAUUCUAUUGACCACCGUCGAUCUCUGCUUGGUUCGCUCAACCAGGUACCGCCUGCGCCUUCGCCCCCACCGCAGGCUACGCCCCAAGCGAAUCAGCCUUUCAGAACUGUCUCUGGAGGAGGGCACCACUCUCGAGUAUCCUCAGUGGGUUACCCACCGCCUCAGACUGCCAGCCCGGCUGCACAUUUGGGUCAUCAGCAGCCUCUUCAUCAACCUGGAGGCACAGCAAUGCAUCCUCAAUCAACUAGUUCUACACCUGUGUCAAGUCUCCAUCAACGUGCGUCAUCAAACAGCGAUUUCCAGCCACGUUUGACUAUCCAGCAGCAUAUGGCCCAGAAGCAGCAGGAACAGCAGCGCGAGCAAGAGAGACAGAUGCAUCGUCAACGCGAGGUCGAAGCUGUACAGCGUGACCGCGAACGAGAGCAGCGAGAGCGUGACCUUCUUUCGCAGCAUCAACAACAGCAGCAGCAGCAGCAGCAGCAGCAGCACCACCACCACCAGCAGCAGCAGCAACAGCAACAACAGCCGCAACAGCAACAACAGCAACAACAUGUGCGACGGGAUAUUUGGGGAAGUGACCACCACUCAUCACCUUCGAUCGCUCGGCCGAGCCCGAUGGGGACUUCGGGGACACCAUCACACCUGGGCUAUGGCCAGCGCGAGAUCCCGAGGACAUUUACGCCUCCUCACCAGCACUCACAUUCACCUUAUGGUGGUUCAGGUCUUGGGGUACAACAUCACCAGUCAGGACUGCCAUCGAUGCAAGCAAAACCUCAGGCACCAAAUCAAGCACCGAGUCAACCGGGUGGUCCACCCGCUACGCACCCAAUACACCAUCGUCUCCAGCACCCUUCUUCACAGCUUCAGGGUCAGGGUCUUCAUGCCGGCAAUCAAUUGCAUUUUAGACAUUUGAGCCAGAAUGGUGAGCCUAGGAGAGAUGAGAGGCGGUAACUGGGCAGAGAUGUGAUUAUAUCUCCUGCGCCAGCAGGCGACUGAGUCCCCAGCACCGGUACAAGCCAACGCACUGUGCUCAGGAUUACUUUUCAUGUAGAUCAAGUUUCAGUAUUCGCACUUCUGAACGUGUACAAGAUAUGAAAGAGGCCGAAAGGCCUAGGAUGUUCGGCGAUGGAUGGUAUGGAAUGAGUGGAACAACACGGGAUGUAUAUGUAUUUGCUGGCGUUCAAGUUCCUCGAUCAACAACACAAUUGAUACCCAACCACUUACCAAAUUCC